GGUAUCCUUAAGUACAGCUCGAUCGCGUGCACUUUUUAAAUAUUAUAUGUCAUCACGGAGAACCAGGACUAGAACUGUAUAAUUAGCGGUAACAUAAAGUUAUAGAGCAGUCGUUUAAAUGUUUCUGUAGUCUCUGUGACUUCUUGUUGUUGUGUAAUGAUAUAUAAAAGAGCGCGUUUAACUUACACAAAUUGCUAACAGGCUAAGGGAGCCAGCUAAAAAGCCAGAAAAAAAUGGACGACUACAACAAGCCAGCGUCGUACCUAGAUGACCCCCCAAACAGUCGAUUGUUUCUCGUCACUAGCAAAUCUAUAACAGAGGACACUAUUCGGCAACAUUUCUCUCCCUUCGGAGAAAUACAAGACAUCUGGAUGGUGAAAGAUAAGAAUACUAAGGAGUCUAAAGGAGUAUCAUUUGUCAAAUUUGCCAAAUCGUCUCAAGCAUGCACCGCUAUGGAAGAAAUGCACGGGAAAACCCUGGCCGAAGGAACCAAGCCUAUUAAGGUUUUCAUAGCCCAGUCGAGAUCCUCCGGGAGCCACAGAGAUGUGGAAGACGAAGAACUGACCAGAAUUUUUGUGAUGAUUCCAAAAACGUUUACUGAAGACGACCUGAAAGAAACGUUCAAGGAAUAUGGAGAUAUAGAGUAUGCCGUCAUCAUAAAGAAUAAAUCAACUGGGGAGAGUAAAGGUCUUGGCUAUGUGCGCUAUCAUAAACCCUCGCAAGCUGCCACGGCGAUAGAGAACUGUGAUAAGACGUUUAGGGCAAUUCUUGCAGAGCCGAGAACCAAAAAUUCAUCGGCAGACAACGAGUACUUCAGCAACCCGCGGUCAGACCACGCGGGAGCUGACCAUGGCAUGAGUGCCUAUCCCUUCGCACCAGAGUCAGGUCACUAUGGCGCGGGAGAAUCCUGGAACUCUGACAUCAUCACCAGGUGUCUGAUGGUGUCUUCACGGGCUGCUCUUACCCAGGAGCAAGUGUACGGCCUUUUCGAUCUGAUCCCAGGUUUAGAGUAUUGUGAGAUGCAGAGGGAUCAGUAUGGUUUUAGCAAAGGACAGGCAAUGAUCCGUUACAACAACCUGGGUUCAGCCGUGUAUGCUAAAGAGAAACUCAACGGCUUUGAGUAUCCCCCGGGAAACCGUCUGGCCGUGACCUACAUCGACGACGGAGAGGACAGGACGAGUCCUGUGGGGAAGAUGGCCAUGCAGCUGGUGGCAGCCCAGAUGAUGUCGAUGGUUUGGAACGGCCCGUCUGGACCCCAGCUCAUGAAGGCCAGUGCUGGUUACGCUGCUCCGCUGGUCCCACAGAAGCCCAGGAUCCAGACCGAUCUUGUCCUCCCCCCUCAGAAGAAACUGGCCCCCCCAGACAGCCCUGUCAAAGAGAGGCUGUUCGUCAUCUUCAACCCUGCCCCACUGCCUGUGGACGUGCUGGAGGAUGUGUUCUGUCGCUUUGGCUCUCUGCUGGAGGUGUACCUGGUGCCAGGCCGGAACGUGGGCUACAUUAAGUACGCAGACAGGAAGCACGCCAACGACGCCAUGGCUGCUCUCCACGGAAAAGUGGUGAACGGGGUGAAGAUGAAGGUGAUGCUCGCCGACCCGCCCAAAGAGGAGUCGCACAAACGGCAGAGGACGUACUGACCCAGCGCCGGCCCGGGUAAGGAACGCCAGAGGAGUGUUCUUAAGUGACAUGACCUUCGACAUGACUGACCGAACAGACCGUGACAGGACCACAUAAACGACGGACACUGACUGCCGUUGUCACGCGCUCACACACACACACACACACACACAUACACUCACACUCUUUUAACUCCUCUGUCCAUGGUUUAAUACUGCCCCUACUCCAUAACUGAGAAUUGCUGUAUUCAUGUGUAAACUGAAAGAUUGAACACAGAAGAUUAUAGAUAUGAAGAGCCUUUGUCAGACUCUGGGAAUACACAA